GAGGUUAAAUAGUCGGUGGGUGGGGGGGGAAUUGCUGCCUCUAACCCAGCGCUCACAGAGACCCUUCACCGGUUCAGUGUGUGAGACCAGGGGCGUGGACUCUGACACCCUCUUCCCCCCACCUCGCCCCCAACAACUUUACAAAAAAAAAGUAGCAUUAUAACUUCGGAAACAAAUUCAUCCCGAUCAUGCGUGAAUGUAUCUCCAUCCAUGUCGGCCAGGCUGGUGUCCAGAUGGGCAAUGCCUGCUGGGAGCUGUACUGUUUAGAACACGGUAUCCAGCCUGAUGGGCAGAUGCCGGGCGACAAGCCCAGUGGAGUAGCGGACGACUCCUAUACUACGUUCUUCAGCCAUACGGGAUCUGGCAAGCAUGUACCCCGGGCUGUGUUUGUGGAUUUGGAGCCCACUGUGAUCGAUGAGAUCCGUACAGGUAUCUAUCGCCAACUGUACCACCCCGAGCAGCUCAUCACCGGGAAGGAAGAUGCUGCCAACAACUAUGCCCGUGGGCACUACACCAUCGGCAAGGAACUGAUUGACUCAGUCUUGGACAGAAUCCGUAAGCUGGCUGACCAAUGCACAGGACUCCAGGGUUUCCUCGUGUUCCACAGCUUUGGUGGAGGCACUGGCUCCGGUUUCACAUCCCUCCUGAUGGAACGUCUCUCUGUUGACUUUGGUAAGAAGUCCAAGCUGGAGUUUUCCAUCUACCCAGCUCCUCAGGUCUCCACAGCUGUAGUUGAACCCUACAACUCCAUCCUGACUACCCACACCACACUCGAACACUCGGACUGCGCCUUCAUGGUAGACAAUGAAGCCAUCUAUGAUAUCUGUCGCAGAAACCUGGACAUCGAGCGCCCUACCUACACCAACCUUAACCGACUCAUUAGUCAGAUUGUGUCCUCGAUUACAGCCUCACUUCGCUUUGAUGGUGCUUUGAAUGUUGAUCUGACAGAGUUCCAGACCAAUUUAGUUCCCUAUCCACGUAUCCAUUUCCCUCUGGCUACCUAUGCCCCUGUGAUCUCAGCUGAGAAAGCUUAUCAUGAGCAACUGUCUGUAGCUGAGAUCACCAAUGCCUGCUUCGAGCCAGCAAACCAGAUGGUCAAGUGUGACCCUCGCCAUGGCAAGUACAUGGCUUGCUGUCUGCUCUACCGUGGUGAUGUAGUGCCAAAAGAUGUCAACGUUGCUAUUGGUGCCAUCAAGACUAAACGCAGUAUACAGUUUGUUGACUGGUGUCCAACUGGUUUCAAGGUUGGCAUCAACUACCAGCCUCCCACUGCAGUACCUGGUGGGGACCUGGCCAAAGUGAAGCGUGCUGUGUGUAUGCUGAGCAACACCACGGCCAUCGCUGAAGCCUGGGCUCGCCUCGAUCACAAGUUUGAUCUGAUGUACGCCAAGCGCGCCUUUGUGCAUUGGUACGUGGGUGAGGGGAUGGAGGAAGGGGAGUUCUCAGAGGCCCGUGAAGACAUGGCAGCCUUGGAGAAAGAUUACGAAGAGGUUGGCAUUGAUUCUUUUGAGGGUGAAGAGGAAGGGGAGGAGGAGUAUUAAAUAGCACUUCAUCUUUAACCAAAGAUGUACAAUCUUUUUACAAUGAGGGCUCUGUUUUAUAACUUUGUAAAAGCUACUAUGGUAUAACCAUUCUGGACUGAUGUAAUUAUUGACUUCUGAAACGUUACUAAGUAAAACCAUAUUUUUGAGCCAAAA